AUGCCUUUUGGUUUGAAGAACGCAGGAGCCAUGGACCAAAGAUUGGUAAACCAGAUGUUCAGCAAUCAAAUUAGGAGGAAUGUAGAAGUGUACGUCGACGAUAUGCUUGUCAAGAGUAAAGAAGAAGAGAACCACCUGGACGAUCUCAGGGAGACAUUCAACACGCUCAGACAAUACAACAUGAAGCUAAAUCCGUCCAAAUGUGCCUUUGGAGUCUCCUCAAGGAAAUUCCUCGGGUUCAUGGUGUCGCAAAGGGGGAUAGAGGCAAAUCCUGAGAAAGUGAGAGCUAUCCUCGAGAUGUCCUCUCCAAAGAUGGUAAAAGAAGUGCAAUCCCUUACAGGAAGAGUAGCUGCCCUCAAUAGUUUCGUCUCAAAGGCGACGGACAAAUGUCUUCCUUUCUUCAAGACCCUGAAACAAGCCUUUGUCUGGACAGAGGAAUGUGAGACAGCAUUCCAGGAGUUAAAGCGCUACUUGAGCAACCCCCUACUCUUGAGUCUGUCCAAGGAGGGAGAAGAUUUAUUCCUUUACCUUGCAGUAUCCAUCCCAUGGGGUCAGAAUGUUGAAGCUGACGAAGUAGCACAGAGUGCAUUCGUAGACGAUCAAUCAAAGGUAAAUGAUUGGAGGCUGGAAGAACAAAACUCUCCUAGCAUCGAAGAAUUUCAAACCUUCCGUGUGCACACUCGCUCAGGGUGGACAUGUCCUAUUCUGUCUUACCUUAAAAAUGGACGGUUACCACCGAACCUUGAAGAAGCCAAGAAGAUCAAGAAGAGUAUUGCCAGGUUCAAGAUGCUCAAUGAUGAGCUCUACAAAAGAGGCUUCUCCCAGCCUUACUUGAGGUCCGUAGAAGAGGAGGAAGCUAAAUAUGUCCUGGAAGAGGUGCACAAGGGAAUUUGCGGUGACCACAUAGGAGCAAAAUCCUUCAUCCAAAAGAUCACGAGUGUAGGUUAUUUUUGGCCCACAAUGCAACAAGACACAGUGGAUUUUGUCAAAAGAUGUGACCGUUGCCAGAGGUAUGGAAAUGUCCAACAAGUCCCCGGGGAAAAAAUGACGACCAUUUCCUCACCUUGGACAUUCGCAUAA